GGCGUCUGGAGAUGGGGGGCGAGGGGGCGGCAGUUAAAGGAGUCUCCCGAGGCGGCCGCGCUGAUGAUGUCAGCUCUCGACGAAAAUAGAGAGGGAUCGCCUGCAAAUCCCCAGCUCCGGCGGGGCUAAACCUUGCAAUCCCUCCCGGGCCGGCGCCGAGCCAGGGCUCAGCGGCCUCCACCGCCUCCCCCGGUGCGCACACACACCCGCACACGCGCGCACGCACGCACACACUCUCUUGCACACCCAGGGCACACACACUCGCUGUUCUCCCCUGCCACCAUCCUCCAAGCCCGCGCUCCGCCGCUCGCCGCGCGGCGGGCCCCGCAGCAAACACAGGUGGCAGCGGCGGCGGCACACCGUUCCCGCGCGUCCCCCCGCAGCCCCGGGGGCGGCGCUCUCUGGGGGAAGCCACCCGAACGCCCCGCCAAGCGCCACGGGGGCCGGCGGAGGGAGCGCGCAACGAGCGCGGUGGAGAGCGGAGACGCGGCUUAGCGCCGGCUGGAGCCUCCUGCGCCCGUUGAGGCGCUAAAGGGCUUACCCAGGAGGUGGGUGGAAGGGCGGGGAGAGGCUCCCCCUUAAAUACCGCCCUCGGCCGCAGUCGCGCGCUCACCCCGGCACCCACUCACUCCUCGCCCGCCGCUGCCGGAUUGUGCCGAAGAGGAGGGGGCGUUCCCCAGACCAUGGCAUCCACCGAAGGGUUCUGUGGAGCUGUGAAAAAGAGUGACGAAAAAUUCUCUUGAGCUUUUGAGAUUCAAAAACAACGAGAAAUGGGGCGCAGUGAGAGCAGCAGACAUUGCCGGGGAAGCAGCGCUCGGAGCGCGGCGCCGGCUGGAAGUGCCAACAACAUGCCCAAGCAGGUGGAAGUCCGGAUGCACGACAGCCACCUCAGCUCGGAGGAGCCGAAGCACCGGCAUCUGGGGCUGCGCUUGUGCGACAAGCUGGGGAAGAACCUCCUGCUCACGCUGACUGUGUUUGGUGUCAUCCUGGGGGCAGUAUGUGGAGGGCUUCUUCGCUUGGCAUCUCCUAUCCACCCUGAUGUGGUUAUGUUAAUAGCCUUCCCAGGGGAUAUACUCAUGAGGAUGCUAAAAAUGCUCAUUCUCCCUCUAAUCAUCUCCAGUUUAAUCACAGGGUUGUCAGGCCUGGAUGCUAAAGCCAGUGGCCGCUUAGGCACCAGGGCUAUGGUGUAUUACAUGUCCACCACCAUCAUCGCCGCGGUGCUGGGGGUCAUCCUGGUCUUGGCUAUCCACCCAGGGAACCCCAAACUCAAGAAGCAGCUGGGGCCUGGGAAGAAGAAUGAUGAAGUGUCCAGCCUGGAUGCCUUUCUGGACCUUAUUCGAAACCUCUUCCCUGAAAACCUUGUCCAAGCCUGUUUUCAGCAGAUUCAAACAGUGACGAAGAAAGUCCUGGUGGCCCCUCCAACAGACGAGGACGACAAUGCCACCAAUGCUGUCAUCUCGCUGUUGAAUGAGACUGUAACGGAGGCACCAGAGGAAACACAGGUGGUUAUCAAGAAGGGCCUGGAGUUCAAGGAUGGCAUGAACGUCUUAGGUCUGAUAGGGUUUUUCAUUGCUUUUGGCAUCGCCAUGGGGAAGAUGGGUGAGCAGGCCAAGCUGAUGGUGGAAUUCUUCAACAUCUUGAACGAGAUUGUAAUGAAGUUGGUGAUCAUGAUCAUGUGGUACUCUCCCCUGGGUAUCGCCUGCCUAAUCUGUGGGAAGAUCAUUGCAAUCAAGGACUUAGAAGUGGUUGCUAGGCAACUGGGGAUGUACAUGAUCACGGUGAUUGUUGGCCUCAUCAUCCAUGGGGGCAUCUUUCUCCCCUUGAUUUACUUUCUAGUGACCAGGAAAAACCCUUUCUCCUUUUUUGCUGGCAUUUUCCAAGCUUGGAUCACUGCCCUGGGUACCGCUUCCAGUGCUGGAACAUUGCCUGUCACCUUCCGUUGCCUGGAAGAAAAUCUAGGGAUUGAUAAGCGUGUGACCAGAUUUGUCCUCCCAGUCGGAGCAACCAUUAACAUGGACGGCACGGCCCUUUAUGAAGCGGUGGCCGCCAUCUUUAUAGCCCAAAUGAAUGGCGUCAUCCUAGACGGAGGCCAGAUUGUGACCGUAAGCCUCACAGCCACACUAGCCAGUGUUGGCGCAGCCAGUAUCCCCAGUGCCGGGCUGGUCACCAUGCUCCUUAUUCUGACUGCUGUGGGCCUGCCGACGGAGGACAUCAGCCUGCUGGUGGCUGUGGACUGGCUGCUGGACAGGAUGAGAACUUCCGUCAAUGUUGUGGGCGACUCAUUCGGGGCUGGGAUUGUCUAUCACCUCUCCAAGUCUGAGCUGGACACCAUUGACUCCCAGCACCGAAUGCAUGAAGAUAUUGAAAUGACCAAGACUCAGUCCAUUUAUGAUGACAUGAAGAACCAUAGGGAAAGCAACUCUAACCAGUGUGUCUAUGCCGCACACAACUCUGUCAUAGUAGAUGAGUGCAAGGUAACUCUGGCAACCAACGGAAAGUCAGCCGACGGCAGUGUUGAGGAAGAACCUUGGAAACGUGAAAAAUAAGGAUAUGACCCUCAGCAAAUCCUUGAAUAAACUCCCCAGUGUGUCUUAUGGUAAAAGAGGAUAUAAAUGACCUUUCUUUAAAAAGAAAAAAAAAUACAUGUAUUUCUGUGUUGACUUAAUCUGUUAGCUGAGGCUUAGAGGAUCUGUUGUGAGUCAGUGAGAGGCACGGUGCUGUGUCUUUGCCAAAUAAUGCUUUGUAACCGUCUAGUUUUCUCAUUUGUCUUACUGUUUGAACGGAUGCUGCUGGGGGAAUCAGUUUGAAUUGAAGACGCAUCCUUGCCAGCUUCCCUUUUCCCUCGAGAUGCAGAACCAACCAUGGAUCCUUUUUCCCAGGGGACACGUCUAAAGCCGGGUGGCACAUUCCAGGCACUCGCGGUAAUGAGCAGACUCUCAGUGUGUUACUCCUUCCAGUGUUCUCCAGGCCUCGCUGUGUAAUGCACGAGACAUUCUGUUAGACGCCUCUAGAAGUAAAUCCCCUUAAAUGUCUUGUAGCGUCUGCCCUUGUGUUGGUUAAAAGAAAGUACCCGUCUUAGGGAACUUUGCCGAUUUCUCUUCUGUAGACUGUUUAAGCUAAAUGUUUCAAAGAGUAGUGGGAGCCAUCCUCUUAAAGGCAGCUGCUUACAGAACCUGCUGAGUCUCUGCUCUACCCUACCUAGUCUGUGGGGAUCAUUGUUGAAGUGUCAAAGUAUGUUUCAUAAUUUGCUCUAAAGUUGAUCAUGGAUUAGGCUGUAAUGUGCAGCAACUACUGUAUAUAUUGACAAAAGUAAGAGAGCACAGUCAACACACAUUUUAACCAGAUUCAAAGAGUCAAAUUUGUUUACGUUUGGUUUGCAUCACCUGGCGUGGUGAAAUCAAGUGAGAUCGUUUGAUCUAUGCUUCAGUUUCUUUGUUUCAUCGUAAAAUUCUGAUUUGGGUUUCUAACAAAAAAGACAUUCUUAAUUCCCAAAUUACUUCAGUCGUAUUCUCAUCCAGUUCGACGGCUUAAUCAUUUUACUUUCCUCACAUAUGAAGGACAGUUGUGUUGGCUGUGCCUCUUUUAAUACGAAUCUCUUGAUAAACACAAAAACAAAACCAAACACUGUUAGUUAUCAAAUACGCAGGAAGCUUUUAAAAAAUAUUCUAUUGAAGCACGUAAAGCCAGUUACAGGACAGAGUUGGAAGCAAAGCCUGUCUUUCUCCCUCGUCUUCUCUGUGGAAAGGAACCCAGAACAAACACAUGUGCAAAAUCCUAUAAAGGUGACAGUUCUAUAGCAAAGUCAGGGCAGCCUUUGAGCCAUGCAGUAGGAACAAAGGAUGGCUCCACAGAACUUUGAGAUGGAAUCUUUUUAAGGCUGUGAAAGUUUGAGGGAAGAAAUAAUAUCAUUGGAGUAGCACCGUGCCUUGCAUGGGGUAGGUACCCCCAAGCUACCUUUUUCAUGUCUGUCCUAUCAUUUUUUAUCAAAUAACCCACAGUAUUUUCCUAAGUUUUCUGGCUUUGGGAGUUUCCUGAGAACUUGAAUGUGAAUCACUGAGAAACAAAGCACAUUUGACUCUAAGGAGCAUGUAGAGCCUUGGUCCAAUGUGGGAGUAGGUCUGAGGCCAGCAGAUGGGUGCUGAGAGAUUCAUAAACAGUCAGGGUCCACAUUCUCUUGGGAGAGGGUGUUUAUGGACAUUGAAUACCCUUUUACCUACUCUUUGUGACUUUUCUCUUCCAAAUCAGAUACCUUUUGAACAUACGAGAGAUUCUAGUAGCUUUGUCUCUUAAGGAUCACUGUUGAGCAGUAUUAAGCUGCUUUUGCUUAAUUUUUUUUUUAAUGGCAUUGGUCUUCAUUUUCAUUAGACAGACAGCUCAGAGGGUGUCCACUGACGUGCUGAAAUGUAGUGGAAAAUGCAUCCUUUACAGCAUAUACUGUGGGUCAAAGGGACAGUUCCUGGAUUUAACUGUGAAACUGUUAGGAAUUUUCUUUAAGUGGUGCUCCCAAGAGCUUUUUUAUGAUGAAGACAAGGAUCUAAGAGAGGCACCUAGGAGCUUGUGUUUUUGCUGUUUGAGGCCAGCUUAGCACUUGUACGUGCUGACAUGUUGCUCGAAGGAGGGGCCUCAGGACCGUCUUCCCAAGGCUCUGCCUAAAAGUCUUCCUUGUUUGCUUUGUCUUCCACUCUUUCCUAGUUGUCAAGUUAGCCUAUAAAUAUAUAAGGGGACAGUGUGUUCAGAAGAAACUAAGUGGCACAGCUUAACAAAGCAGGGUUUUCGGGUUUGAAACUGUGUGUGGUAAGUUUCAUGCGAAUAUACUUAGGAAAUCAGUUUAUCUGGAAGUUCAACAAAUCCUGUUAAAAAUAAGCAAUUUCUCAAAUUCAGGACUAGCCUGAAAAAUCCGGGAUGUAUGUAGAGCUGGCGUAUGACUGUGUCCUCUGGUUUUGUUAGCCAUGUUUAUUCAUUCUUCUGCCACGCCCACUGCGGUUUCCCUUGCCCAGCAUAUGUGCCAUAAACAGAACCAGUAGAUCCAGAAUAUACCUCUAACAACCUUUUUCUAAGCAGGAUAUUAUAAUCUGUCCAUUAUAUGCAUAGAUUUAUAUUAAUAGGUCCAACACAAAUAUGAAUGCUUGUAAUGUCCAUUAAUGUUUGAUGAUGCAUAAAUGUUACACUUGUACACAGACAAGGCAGGCCAGACAUACACUGCAUCCUAUAAGAUCUGUGAAGUCAGGGCUUUGGCAACACUGUUUUUUAUGGACUCAUUCAUUCCUUUUAGGAAUCAGAAUCAUUUCAGGAGAAAACAAACUGAAUAGACUUUUAUCCUCUCCUUUCUCAUUUUCACCCUUUGGGAAACCCAAGCAGAGUCAUCCUUUGAUUCCUUUUUACAAUUCAGUGAAUCAAAUCCAAUCAGCGAAAAGAAAGGCUUAACUCUCAAGGUAAACUUUCCCUUAGAUCUUUGAGGAUGUGCCUUCCAGGCAAAGAGCAUCGGAGAAUCAAGGCAAUCAUCUAGAUCAUGGAGAUCUUCAAUAUUAAACUUGAGAACUUGAGUUCUGAACCAAGUCGCCAUCAGAUUUGAUUCUUUACUUCCUAUUGGUUGUGGAAACACACCUAUAGUCUCGUUUCCUGCAGAAGUUACCAUAUUUCAUAAGAUACAAGUGUUUACUUCUCUUUAAUGACUCAUCAGCGUGGGUGUUCAUGAAAGUCUAAAGAAAGGGUCCCCAAAUGCCUAGCUUUUGGAUUUGGACUGGUGGAAGCUGAGAAAGACUUAGGGGAAGUUCAGUUUGCAGGGGGAGAUGUACUCCUGGGAGGUAAGGUGAAAAAUCCCAAAGAUUGGUUGAUUAGAGGGUCUCCGAUCAUUCCCACUUGUGCACGGAGAAGUAUGUCAUUUGCAAGUGUGUAUCUUGUGAGGAGGCCCUUUUGGAGUUGGGUAACUCACCUAAUGGACCCCUGAAAGGAAAUUCAAUUCUGACAUGUUUUUGCAAACACCACAUAUCCCUUUGUCCUCAAUAGCAAAAAUUCUGGUAUAAUAUUUCACUUUUGUCUGAAUCAAGUGUUCUGUGCUCUGUUCUCCAUGCAAAGAGCAUCAGAGAAUCAAGGGAGUCACCUAGAUCACGCAGAUCUUGACUAUGAAAGUUCAGAUGAUGAGUUCUGACCCAGGUAGCUGUCAGAAAUACAGCAAUGAAUCCCAAUAGAUACUCACAUGCUCAGAGAGAAUUCUUCAUCGUUUGGAGUCUGGAUAGACAAGCCCCAGCAGCUCUUGCCUGGAGCACUGACUAAACAGCGGUCACACCUGGUGGAGGUGGCUCUUCCCACAUUGCUGCUCAGUUGUGUGGGUUGCCGGUUUGGCUUUGCUUAUUCCCAAAAUGAAUUCAUUCCAGGCCAAGAAAAAGGACCAAAUAGGGUCUUUAAAUUUUUGUAAUAUUUGCUCUUUGAAUAAGAACAUUAUGGUCUAGCAGCCCAAAAAUAUUAAAUUUAAAAGUAAAGAGCCUGAAGGAAUUCUGAAGUGAAAAUUUGUAAGCCCAGUUGUCAGAGAAAAUAAAUGGUCUCCGUCUCUGGUAAUUUGGGGCCAAAACCUAGAAGGGCCAGCGAGUGCCUACCCAGGCAGGUCGUGCUGCAGGCAGGUUGGUCUCCUCCGGUGGAGUGAGUUCAAAGCUGCUCAGGUACCAGUUGCUUAUGAUUUUCCUGUAAAGAAAACCUGAUUUCUACUCUUCCUUUUGCUCUCUUCUUAUUCCAAUGAUCAUUGUUGCUGCUUUAGGGACAAUUUAGUAAACGACCGUACGAGUUAGCGCAAGGGUUUGUUUUAGAAUAGAGGACAGAGAAUCUUACUUGAGUCCUAUCUAAUUUCAUAGCACAGCACAGCUGAUUCAGGGGAU